AUGAUUAACAGGCAUAAAUUUUCAAACUCAACACAAAAUAAACAGGAAAGUAGCAAAAAGGCAGCAGGGGGGCUGGAAAAGGGCAGCAGGGGGCUGGAAAAGGGCAGCAGGGGGCUGGAAAGUCAGAAGGGGGCUGGAAAAAGGCAGCAGUGUGCUGGAAAAGGGCAGCUAUCUGGAAAAGGGCAGGAGGGGACUGGAAAAGGACAGCAGGGGGCUGGAAAAGGGCAGGAGGGGCUUGAAAAGGGCAGCAGUGGGCUGAAAAUGGCAGCAGGGGGCUUGAAAAUGGCAGCAGGGGGCUUGAAAAGGGCAGCAGGGGGCUGGGAAAGGGCAGCAGGUGGCUUGAAAAGGGCAGCAGGGGGCUGGAAAAGGGCUGGAGGGGGCUGCAAAAAGGCAGUUGGGAGGCUGGAAGAGAGCAGCAGGGGGCUGGAAGAGCAGGAGGGGGGCAGGAAAAAGGCAGUGGGGAGGCUGGAAGAGGGCAGCAGUGGGGCUGGAAAAAGGCAGUUGCAGGCUUGA